AUGACUCAGACCAGGGGCCAUGGUGGCCAUGGCCACCAUCACCAUCACGACAAUGUCUAUUUGACCUCGACAAACAAACACGAUGCCGGAGUCCGCAUUACACGCAUUGGCCUGGUCGCCAAUCUGGCCAUGGCAAUUGGGAAGUUUAUUGGGGGCUACGUGUUUCAUUCUCAAUCUCUCAUUGCCGAUGCCUACCACGCGUUGACCGACCUGGUUUCGGACUUUUUGACCCUGGGAACUGUCGCGUGGUCUCUGAAGCCACCGAGCGAGCGAUUCCCCAACGGAUACGGCAAGGUUGAAAGCAUUGGCGCCCUGGGAGUCAGCGGGCUCCUGCUCUUUGGUGGGGUGUUUAUGGGUCUGAAUGCGGGCCAGGUCUUGCUGGCCCAAUUCUACCCUGAUGCGGCCGAAACAAUAGCUCAUUCGGGGAUUUUGGGACACGGUCACUCGCACAGCCAUGGUGUAGAGAUUUUGGGCCCCAGCAUCCAUGCUGCGUGGCUGGCCGGGGGAUCGAUUGUCAUUAAGGAGUGGCUCUACCGUGCCACUAUGAAAGUGGCCGAAGAACGAAAGUCGUCGGUGUUGGCAUCCAAUGCCGUUCACCACCGCAUUGACUCCCUGACGAGCAUUGUAGCUCUAUUCACGAUUGGGGGAAGCUAUUUAUUUCAAGACGCUACCUGGCUGGAUCCAGUUGGUGGGCUUUUGAUUUCUCUGAUGGUGGUAAAGGCGGGAUGGAGCAACACUGCGUCCUCCCUCCUAGAACUGGCGGACACAGCGGUCGACGAGGAUAUUAAGACUUCUGUGCAAGAGGCUGCCUCCAAGGCUCUCAAGAGCAUCGAGGACGGCGAGCAGGUGGUGAUUCGCGACGUUCAAGGCAUGAAAUCGGGCCAGAACUACCUGAUGGAUAUCGAACUGGCCGUGCCAGGUGCCUGGGCGAUCACCCGAUCCCGGGUCGUGGAAGAAGCCGUUCGAGAGACCAUCGGCGCCGAGACCCGUGGUGUGAAACGAGUCAAGGUCCGUUUCAUUCCCGUGGAACAGCAGGAAUUGACCUUCUCCGAGGAGUUCAUUACACCUCACGUCGAUGGCAGCCCCGAGUCCCAUGAACACAACACCGGCGCGGCCUCGGGAUCUCACGGCGAUGAGGAUUCCUCGCGCAAGAGGAAAUAA